AUGAAGCAGGAAGCAAAGAAGACCGGUCCUUCGAAAAGAGUUCUGUCAGGCGUUUUGACUGAAAGGAAACCAUCAGUCAUCCCAGCCGUCGUCGAGAAGAAGACACGUCACAUCGCUAACAAAAGAAAGACUCCAGUAGCUGUUGUUCCAGAGAAGAGUCCAGAAUCAGUGGAUCCAGGUAAAAAUGCUCAAUCAGAUGUCACCGCUCCAUCCUCCUCUUCCGUUCCAGUCGCCGUCAGCCAACCUUCCGCUCGAGAUGCUUCCCAACCAUCCACACCCACCACCAAAAGAAGACAAACAAAAUCAAAGAAGACCACCCAGAAGUUGAUAUGCACAGUAUGCUUCAAAACCGCUGGAGCAGGAACUUACCAAUGUUAUGGAUGUGCUGGCUGGGUCCACUUCAGAUGCAGCAACGGAGGAUAUAAAAACUACAACACCAGUUUCCGAUGUGCUCCAUGCCUUGCUGUUACUGUUCCUGCUCCAUCAUCUGAUUAA